UUCCACCUGUGAAUCCAGGCACCUGGACUUCUUUACUUCUUUGGAUCUUUCUCUUUCACUGUUCUGCUCUCUGAGUGUCACGGCAGGUAACCAUCUCUCUAUUUUUAAUUCCUUCAGCCUUUUCUUCGCAACUCGUCUGACAGUGUCACCAUGAGUGCCAAACUGUGGACAGAGGAGCAGUUUAACUGUCCUGUGUGUCUGGACCUCCCAAAUGAUCCAGUCACCAUCCCCUGUGGACACAGCUACUGCAUGGGCUGCAUCAAGGACUACUGGAGCAAGGACGAUCCCAAAGGGAUCUACAGCUGCCCCCAAUGCCGCCAGACCUUCUGCCCCAAGCCCUCCCUGUCCAGGAACACCAUGCUGGCUGAGGCUGUGGAGCAGCUCCGCAAAGGGGCCCUCAAAGCUGAUGUGCGUGAGUCUAUACGAAGCGCCCGUGGUAUGGCCUCUGCUGCAUCUAGAUCCAAGGGGAAGCUCUCCUCCUCAGCAGUGGCAUGUGACAUGUGCAAAGGAGAACAGCGAGAGGCGGUCAAGAGCUGCUUGGUGUGUAUGAGCUCAUACUGUGAAGCCCACCUGAAACCUCACCACACCAAGAAAUCUCUGAAGCAGCACGAGCUCAUAGCACCCACAAGCAAUCUGGCUGAGAAGAUCUGCACCCAGCACAAGUACCUGCAGGAGUUCUUCUGUCGUCAGUGUAAGAUGUUCAUCUGCUGGCUGUGCACCAGCAACCACCACAAGGGCCACGAGUGUGUGUCCACCAAGGCUGAGCGCCUGGAGAAACAGAAAGUGCUGUCAGAGAUGCAGGCGGAGAAUCAGCAGAGACUGAAAGACAGAGAGCAGGAGCUGAAAGACUUGAAGAAGGUGAUGGAGGUGAUGAAGCGUUCUGCAGACAGGGUACAUGAUGACACGGAGCAGGCGCUGUCAGAGCUGCAGCGCUCGGUGGAGCGUCUGCAGGAGCUGCUGGAGGAGGUGCUGGAUCAGGCAGGCCAGGAGAAGAUGGGCCAGGCUCAGGAGGUCGCUGACAGCUUGGAGGCUGAGAUCAAGGAGCUGAAGAAGAGGGACACGGAGAUGAAGGACCUCGUACGGUGCGAGGACCACAUCCACUAUCUGCAGACAUGUGAGUCCAUGUGCACUCCCCUGGAGUCGGGGGACCUGCCCCCGGUGGUGGUCAAUCCAGAAGCUUCCCUAGAGCCUGUACGAGACGCCAUCCUGGACCUCAGGGAGAAGGUGGAGGAUCUGUGCAACCAGGAGCUGAGCAAGAUCACCAAACAAGUCAAUGACACGACACUGUUCACUCUGAAAGACUCCAACCGCAACGCGGGACAGAAAGGAGGGAUUUUUAAAUUGUUUUCUGGUCUGGGCUCUCGCAACACCAACAGCCGUUCACCAGCUUCCACCCCCAAUAUUUCAGUUGGAGCACGGAGUACAGACAGACGAGGAUUUGGUACAGGCCCAAAAAAUCAAGACGUGAGGAGCAGAGACGCACCACGAGACAGAGGAAACACAAGCUCGCCUAGACUGCGGGACAGACAGAGAAGAGAGGACAGAGAGACAGUGAGGGAGACCAAUCCCAGACCCAGCCCCAGACCUAGUCCCACUCCAAGCCGCAGAGAGUCCCAGUCUCUUUGGAGCAGGUCCAGUCAGAGCCAGGCUGCCCCUGCUGCAGCCUUGACCCCGGCUCCAACUCCCAUUCCAGCCACAGCAGCUCCAGCUCCAGCUCCAGCUCCGGCAGCAGCAUCAACUGGAGGUUUCAAUCGGAUGGGCUCAAUCGCGUUGAUCAGCAACAUCUUCCGUUCUCAUCGGCGUGGCACCAACCCAGCCACCCCUGCUGCCCCAGCCAAUGACACACCAUCUACAGGAGGAAACCCAUGGGCUAUGGCUGCUCUGCCUGAAACGGAAAUUAAUCCUGGUCUCUUCUUGGACUCGCCUACCCCCAACACCAUGAAUCACGCUCCUAUUUUCCCUGGAUUGAGAGAAAUCAACAUUGACAGCAUCCAGGCCCCAGAGCCGAGGACCAGAGAGGAGUUUCUACAGUACUCUGUCACGUUGACCCUUGACCCCAACACGGCCCAUCGGCGGCUGGCUCUCUCUGAAGGCAACACUAAAGCAACCCUGCAGGCGGCGGCGCAGGCCUACCACGACACUCCAAAGCGUUUUGACGGCUGGACCCAGGUGAUCUGCGAGACACCGCUGUCCGCCCAGCGCUGUUACUGGGAGGUGGAGUGGAGGGGUCGGGGCUCAUCUAUGGGCGUAGCGUAUGCAGCAUUGAACAGGAAGGGCUCAGACGCCAGGUCGGGGCUCGGUUACAAUGCCCAGUCCUGGACCCUGGAGCUGUCGGACACCUGCUGCUCUGCCAUGCACGACAACCAGAAGAGGGACAUACCGGUCACCUACUCACCCCGCCUGGGCAUCUUCCUGGACCUGUCCACUGGGACGCUGGCGUUCUACAGUGUGGCAGACAGCAUGACACACCUUCACACCUUCCGAGCUAACUUCACCCAGCCGCUUUACGCUGCCUUCGGGGUGGGCAGUGGAGUCGGCGUGGGUCUGGACUUCGCCCUGGGCCAGUUCAGCUCCAGCGUUGACAGCAUCAAGAUCUGUCCCAUAUGAGGACGCAGGCACUGACAGGCCACAUUCACGUCAUCAGAACAACUGACUUCAGAGUUAAACACAGCAGCUCGGACGUGCUGUUAGCAGUGACUGAAAGCUUUUUUGUCCCUUUUUUCAUAUUUUAAAUGCACUUUGUGAGACAAGUUUGGGUUCCACGCCAAAAGCAAUCGCUGCAUUGUUUACAGCCAUGCUAGAAGCUUGGCUAUGUGAAUGGAAACAUCAGCCUGUUGGCUGGUUCAUCACAAAAACUACUGCAUGGACUCUUGGAUGGAUGUUUGUGGUCUCUAAAGUCCAAAUUGUGUUUUGUCCAAUAGUUUGGUUUGUGGACCAGUUCCUACAGUACUACAGUACAGAGCUGUUGUGAUAAGUCGAUGAGUUGUCAACAAUUAAAUUAACCUGCAACUAUUUUGAUAAUCGAUUAAACAAUCUGAGUCAAUUUUAUGAAAAAUUCUCUGAUUUCAGCUUUUCAAAUGUAAAUAUUUUCUGGUUUCUUUCAUCCACUGUGACAAUAAACUGAAUAUAAUUUGGUUAU